AUGGUGAUUUCGCUGCAAAUGCAUUCAAGCAUAGGAAAAGUGGGGCCAUGGCUUCACCAAACAGGGUCCAAGGGAAAGGGGUUUAGGGUUAGAACAGUUGCAUGGGCAAUGCAAGAAGGGAAGAGCAAUAACAUGAACUUGUAUGAAGUCCUAUGUAUUAGAAGUGAUGUGGGGGUUGAUGAGAUAAAGAAGGCAUACAGGAGAAUGGCUCUUCAGUGCCACCCUGAUGUUUAUCUCGAUCCCACCACAAAGCAAGAGUCCACCAGAAGGUUCAUGGAGGUCAGGAAGGCUUAUGAGAUGCUUUCGGAUCCGAUUUUGCGAAACAUGUGUGAUUUUGAGAUGGGUCUAGUUGGAUCAGUUUGUGGGGAGGAGAGGAGGCUGAGUCUCAACAAGAAAGUGUGGGAAGAUCAGCUCCAGGGACUUGCCAGGAGGGCCUGCAGAAGAGGAAAGGAGAGAAAAAAUAAGGAUACAAUGUAG